AUGAAUUAUACUCAACCUGCAGCGAUACUCACCAGUGAUCCUGUUAUCUCUAAAAAUCUUUAUUCAUCAAUGAUAAUGAAUAAUUCAUCAAAUGUAAACAUGACAGUAUCAAAUAUGAAAAAAACAGAACCACGAUUAUGCGAUACAGUAAAAUUGAUUGAACAUUUAACAGAAGAGAAUAAUAAUAAUAAUGAUAACAGCAAUCAGCCAGUGGAUAAGGCGAAAAAACAACGUUAUCGUGAACAUCAACGACGUCAACGUGCUUCACUACAAUAUCGAAAUGCACACGCAGCUAGAGAACGUCAACGUGUUGCAGAAUUUAAUAAAGCUUUUAAAAAAUUGCAUAGUUUACUGCCUACUAGUGUUAAUACUACUAACAAUAACAAUAAUAAUAACAAUCAAUCGGGUAGACGUUUAUCUAAAUUACAAAUAUUGAGAUUAUGUUCUUCUUAUAUAUGUUAUUUAACUUGGAUAUUAUAUGGAGAUUAUUGUAGUUCUUCUUAUGUCUGA